AUGAACUCGCCGUUCCCUGCCUCCGCCUCUGCUCCUGGAGAUGGAACAAUCACCGUAAAGCGGCUGCCCAAUGGCCACUCGCACCUCGAGGGCAUCACUUACCAGUACCCCCUCAAACUCAUCUCGCCUCCCCGAAAUCACCAACAGGACAAAUCCGUCCUCGUCUUUCUCCUCUCCUACGGCGGCGGCCUCGUAGGCGGGGACACGGUCAACCUGGCCGUCCAGGUGCAACGCGAUGCCCGCCUCAGCAUCGUCACCCAGGGCCACACCAAGAUCUUCAAGUCGGCCACCCCGGACAUCGUCACCCGCCAGACGCUGAACGUGGCAGUCGAGGACGGCGCGGCCCUGUGCCUGCUCCCGGACCCGGUCCAGCCCUUCGCCGAGAGCGUCUACGAGCAGACGCAAAUCUUCCGCCUCAGGGCCCCAGGAGCAUCGCUGUUCCUACUGGACUGGGUGACGCAGGGCCGCAGCGCCCGCGGCGAGGACUGGGACCUGGUCAAGUGGAUCGGGCGCAACGAGGUGUGGUGGUCAUCCGGCGCUGCUGCAACCACCACAACCACCAGCACGACGGCCCCGCAGAGCAGCAGCAGCGGCAGGCUCCUCGUCCGCGACGCCGUCAAGCUCGACGGCAGGGCGUCCCUCUCGGCGGCGGCGGGGGGCCUCAGGUCCACGAUGCACGGCUUGGGCAUCUUCGGCACCCUCAUCCUGCGCGGGCCGCUGACCAGGUCCCUGGGCGAGUUCUUCGUGGCCGAGUUCGCGGCCCUGCCGCGCAUCGGGGCGCGCGACUGGAGGACCGACGAGGCCAGGCAGCUCGCCGAGGACGAGGGCGCCCGGGACCCGCACGUGGUCUGGCGCGAGGAGAGGCUCGAGAUGGAGGGGCGGGAGAAGGUCCUCUGGUCGGCGGCCAGCGUGAGGGGCUGCGUGGUCGUCAAGUUUGGAGCGGCCACGGUAGAGGCCGGGAGGACGUGGAUCGGGUCUAUGCUUGUGAAGGAGGGCAGUGUAGAGGAGCAUUUCGGGGACCAGGCGUUGAUGUGUGUGCGGUGA